AUGACUGGUCAAGUGUUGGACGGGAAAGCAUGCGCUCAGCAAUUUAGAAACGAUAUUGCUAAUGAAAUUAAAUCCAUUCAAGGUCACGUGCCUGGGUUCGCACCUGUACUUGCCAUCAUUCAAGUGGGCAACAGGCCAGACUCGGCCACAUAUGUGCGCAUGAAGCGCAAAGCCGCUGAAGAAGCUGGCAUUGUCGCUAAUUUCAUUCAUUUAGACGAAGCUAUUUCUGAAUUCGAAGUUCUAAGACACGUGGACCAGCUGAACGAGGACCCACAGACCCACGGUAUUAUCGUGCAAUUACCAUUGCCUGCCCAUUUGGACGAAGACAGGAUUACUUCGAGAGUGUUAGCAGAAAAGGACGUGGACGGGUUCGGACCCACCAACAUUGGUGAACUGAAUAAGAAAAAUGGUCAUCCAUUCUUCCUGCCCUGCACCCCCAAGGGGAUCAUUGAAUUGCUUCACAAGGCCAACGUCACGAUUGAAGGUUCCCGGUCUGUUGUGAUCGGAAGAUCCGACAUUGUUGGCUCACCUGUCGCAGAAUUAUUAAAGUCUUUAAACUCCACCGUCACCAUCACGCAUUCUAAAACCCGCGAUAUUGCGUCGUACUUACACAACGCGGACAUUGUCGUUGUUGCCAUCGGUCAACCAGAAUUCGUAAAAGGUGAAUGGUUCAAACCUAUAGAUAGCACUUCCACCAACAAGAAAACCGUGGUCAUCGAUGUCGGCACCAACUACGUGGCUGAUGCGUCUAAAAAAUCCGGUUUUAAGUGUGUGGGUGACGUUGAGUUCAACGAAGCAAUAAAAUACGUCCAUUUAAUCACCCCAGUUCCCGGCGGUGUUGGACCUAUGACGGUGGCUAUGCUAAUGCAAAACACCUUGAUUGCCGCCAAACGCCAAAUAGCCGAAUCCUCGAAACCUCUUCAGAUUCCUCCUUUGCCCUUAAAGUUGCUGACCCCUGUUCCAUCCGAUAUAGACAUCUCUAGAGCACAGCAACCAAAGCUCAUUAACCAACUUGCUAAGGAAUUGGGUAUUUACUCCCAUGAAUUAGAGCUAUACGGACACUAUAAGGCAAAAAUUUCUCCUAAAGUCAUCGAGAGGCUACAAUCACGCCAGGAUGGUAAAUAUAUCUUGGUGUCAGGUAUCACACCCACACCUCUAGGAGAAGGUAAAUCGACCACUACAAUGGGACUUGUUCAGGCACUAACAGCUCAUUUGGGAAAGCCUGCUAUCGCCAACGUCAGGCAGCCUUCUCUAGGGCCCACUUUGGGUGUUAAAGGUGGUGCUGCAGGGGGUGGUUACUCUCAAGUCAUCCCAAUGGAUGAAUUCAACUUACAUUUGACUGGUGACAUUCACGCCAUUGGUGCCGCCAACAACCUACUUGCCGCAGCCAUCGACACAAGAAUGUUCCAUGAAACCACCCAGAAGAACGACACUACUUUCUACAAUAGAUUAGUACCAAGGAAGAAUGGGAAGAGAAAGUUCACUCCUUCCAUGCAAAGAAGAUUAAACAGACUAGGUAUCCAAAAGACCAAUCCCGACGAUUUAACUCCAGAAGAGAUCAACCAAUUUGCAAGAUUGAACAUUGACCCAGACACCAUUACUAUCAAGAGGGUGGUUGACAUCAACGAUAGAAUGUUAAGGCAGGUCACCAUUGGCCAAGCCCCUACCGAGAAAAAUCAUACAAGAGUCACCGGAUUCGACAUUACCGUCGCAUCCGAACUGAUGGCUAUUCUUGCUCUUUCAAAGGACUUGAGAGACAUGAAGGAACGUAUUGGACGUAUUGUUGUUGCCGCAGAUGUAAACAGGUCCCCAGUUACUGUGGAAGAUGUGGGUUGCACCGGCGCCUUAACCGCUCUAUUAAGGGAUGCAAUCAAACCAAAUUUGAUGCAAACUUUGGAAGGUACACCUGUCCUGGUCCAUGCCGGCCCAUUUGCUAACAUCUCAAUCGGUGCUUCUUCUGUUAUCGCCGAUCGUGUGGCUCUUAAAUUAGUCGGAACUGAGCCUGAAGCAAAAACAGAGGCUGGCUAUGUAGUCACCGAGGCAGGUUUUGAUUUUACCAUGGGUGGUGAAAGAUUCUUCAAUAUCAAGUGCCGUUCCUCCGGAUUGACACCAAAUGCAGUGGUUCUGGUCGCUACCGUCAGGGCUUUGAAAUCGCACGGUGGUGCUCCAGAUGUUAAGCCUGGUCAAUCUUUACCUGCCGCAUACACCGAAGAGAAUAUAGAGUUCGUAGAAAAGGGUGCAGCCAAUAUGUGUAAACAAAUUGCCAACAUUAAACAGUUUGGUGUUCCUGUGGUUGUAGCAAUUAACAAGUUCGAAACUGAUACUGACGGCGAGGUUGCCGCCAUUAGAAAAGCAGCUCUAGAGGCCGGCGCAUUUGACGCCGUGUCCUCUAACCAUUGGGCCGAAGGUGGUAAAGGUGCUAUUGAUUUGGCGAAGGCCGUCAUUGAAGCCUCCAGCCAACCAGUAGACUUCCAUUUCCUAUACGAUGUCAAUUCAUCCGUUGAAGACAAAUUGACUACAAUCGUUCAAAAGAUGUAUGGUGGUGCAGCAAUUGACAUUUUACCAGAAGCGGAACGCAAGAUCGACAUGUACAAAGAACAAGGUUUCGGUAACUUACCUAUUUGUAUUGCGAAGACCCAAUACUCGUUAUCCCAUGACGCCACUCUGAAAGGUGUCCCUACUGGAUUCACUUUCCCCAUCAGAGACGUCAGAUUGUCUAAUGGUGCUGGAUACUUAUACGCUCUUGCUGCUGAAAUUCAAACCAUUCCUGGUUUGGCUACCUAUGCUGGUUACAUGGCUGUCGAAGUCGAUGACGACGGUGAAAUUGAUGGGUUGUUUUAA